CCACCAAAACAGUAGAAAAGAGUUUAUAAACAAAACAAAGACUGUUGAUUGUCUUUGCUGUAAAAUUUUUUUGGUUUUGUUAUCUACGAAUUUAUAGCUGAUAGCAAUUUUCUAUAACUAUAUAUAUAAUAUUGCACUUAUAGAAUAAUUAAUAAUAGAAUUAUUAAUUUAAAUAAAAUGACAGCUGUGCUUGGCGCUGGCAUGAGUGGCCUAUCGGCUGCUUAUUAUUUUCUUCAGAGGUUUGGAUAUCCUGCAACCGUAUAUGAGGCGUCCCAUCGCGUAGGUGGCUGGAUACGCACCGAGAGGCAUAAAGACAAGGGCUUCAUGUUCGAGAUGGGUCCACGUACCAUUCGUCCAAAGGGUGUUCAAGGCGCAAAUACAUUACAAUUAAUAGAGGAAUUGAAAUUGGCGGUGGAUCCGAUUAAGUCGUGGCAACCGGCCGCUAAAAAUCGUUUGAUAUAUGCUAAAGGUCAAUUGUGCUUGCUGCCGAAUAGCCUAGGUGGAAUUUUCAAAACAUUGCCACCAUUCUCAAAACCACUAAUAAGUCAAAUUAAACAGGAUUUGGUAGCCGGUCAGAAGAAAUUGAAGCUUGCUGAUGAAUCAAUUUAUGAUUUUGUUGAAAGACGUUUCGGUGCUGAAUUGGCCAAUUAUGCCAUUAGUCCAUUAAUAUGUGGAAUUUGUGCAGGUGAUGCAAAAGAAAUAAGUGUGCGUUUUCUAAUGAAUGACUUAUUCGAAAAAGAACAAAAGUGGGGUGGCAUCAUAAAAGGCUUAAUAUAUGAAAAACUAUUUGGAAAUAAGGACAAAACGGCUGCCGCAGGCUUAUUUGCGGAUUCAAUGCCAAAACUUUAUGAGAAAUCGCAGAAGGAGAAAUGGAGUAUGUAUAGAGUACCAGAUGGCUUGGAUACACUACCACGCACAUUACGUAACUACUUACAAGACAAAGAGGUUGAUAUUCAACUAACAUCGGAAUGCCGGGAAAUCACAUUCACACGUGAUGGUGUUAGGAUGAAUAUCAAAGGUCAUGAGGUGGAACCAAUGCAUAUUAUUUCAACAAUUCCAACUCAUAAAUUGGCAACCUGUGUGAAAAAUCAACAUCCCUCUUUGUCAGCAUUACUUAUGGCUAUACCAUACGUUGAUGUGGCUGUCGUCAACUUACAAUAUAAUAUUAAGGAUUUACUUAAGAUGAAAGCGUUUGGUUUUUUGGUGCCACCCAUUGAGCGUAUUCCAAUACUUGGCGUUAUCUUUGACAGUUGUUGUUUCGAUAUGGAAGGCAAUACGAUACUUACGGUUAUGAUGGGCGGGCGUUGGUUUGAGGAGAAUUUCGGCAAGGACCCAACACCGAAAAAGCUACUGGAUACAGCAUUGCAAUAUUUGGAUUUAAUAAUGGGUAUAUCAGAAGAACCACGUUUAACACGUGUUCACGUAUUAAGGAAAUGUAUACCGCAAUAUACGGUGGGGCAUACGCAACGGGUGUCAGAUAUACGAAGAUAUAUCAAACACUAUAAACUGCCAUUGACAUUAUGUGGUGCAGCAUACGAUGGAGUUGGUAUAAACGAUGUUAUACUAUCAGCACGAACGCAGGUGGAAUCUUUGGAUGCUAAAAUUGUUUGAACUUAAUUAGUAGCGCAGUGUGGUAGUAUAUUGUUAAACAAUUUUCUAUUAAUUUAUAUUGAAUUUGUAUUAUCCAAAAACAAAAACGAUUUUAACAGUGUAAAA